CCACAGACCCCACCCAGCGGCCAGUGCCUGGAGCAGGCCCGUCAGCGGAGCUGCGCGGCGGCACCAUGCAGGUCACCCCGAAGACCCUUCAGCAGCAGACCUUCAAGAUCGAGAUCGACCCCGAGGAGACAGUGAAAGCACUGAAAGAGAAGAUUGAAUCUGAAAAGGGGAAAGAUGCCUUUCCCGUAGCAGGUCAAAAAUUAAUUUAUGCAGGCAAAAUCCUCAAUGAUGAGACUUCUCUAAAAGAAUAUAAAAUAGAUGAGAAAAACGUUGUGGUGGUUAUGGUGACAAAACCCAAGGCAGUGACGACGCCAGCUACAACGCAGCAGUCAAAUCCCGUCACCACUCCCACCGUUAGUUCCUCCACAGCUACAGCUGUGGCCCAAGCUUCCACUCCCACUCCCACUCCCAGUCCCACACCCACAUCUGCAUCCACCACUCCAGCAUCACCGACAGCAUCUUCUGAACCUGCACCUGCUAGUGCAGUGAAGCAAGAGAAACCUGCAGAAAAGGCAGCAGAAACGCCAGUGGCUAUUAGCCCAACAUCAACUGACAGUGCAUCAGGAGAUUCUUCUCCGUCAAACCUCUUUGAAGAUGCAACAAGUGCACUUGUGACAGGUCAGUCUUAUGAGAAUAUGGUAACUGAGAUCAUGUCAAUGGGCUAUGAAUGAGAGCAAGCUAUUGCAACCCUGAGAGCCAGUUUCAACAACCCUGAUAGAGCAGUGGAGUUUUAAUGGGCCGGCGAUAGAGAAAGUCAGGCUGUGGUUGAGCCCUCUCCAGCACCUAGCACUGGGGCUCCACAGUCUUCAGUGGCUGCAGCUGCCGCGACAAUGACAGUGACAACAACGACAACGAGUUCUGGAGGACAUCCCCUUGAAUUUUUACAGAAUUACCCUCAGUUUCAACAGAUGAGACAAAUUAUUCAACAGAAUCCUUCCUUGCUUCCAGCAUUGCUACAACAGAUAGGUCGAGAAAAUCCUCAACUACUUCAGCAAAUUAGCCAACACCAGGAGCAUUUUAUUCACAUGUUAAAUGAACCAGUUCAAGAAGCUGGUGGUCAAGGAGGAGGGGGUGGAGGUGGCAGUGGAGGACUUGCAGAAGCUGGAAGCGGUCACAUGAACUAUAUACAAGUAACACCUCAGGAAAAAGAAGCUAUAGAAAGGUUAAAGACAUUAGGAUUUCCUGAAGGACUUGUGAUACAAGCAUAUUUUGCUUGUGAGAAGAAUGAGAAUUUGGCUGCCAAUUUUCUUCUACAGCAAAACUUUGAUGAAGAUUGAAAGGGACUUUUUUUUAACUCACACUUCACACCAUUGCAUUACACUAACUUU